UGGACGGGCGGUCGUGUUGCUGCGCGUUCGCUUGCUCCGCGUGCUCGUUAUAAAAUCGAUGUUUAUUUUGACGUGAAUACGAAUAUUGUUUACGCGAUUGUUCGACUUCUUUGGUGUUAAAUUACCAGAGAAGAUUGUGUUGUGUUUGUGUUUUUUCUAUGACGCUAGCGUUCACUUCACUUGCAGUGAUUUUGCUGAUAGCUCACUCACCGGUGGGUGCGCGCGUGAUAAACUGCGUGUUCGGUAUUAAAAAAUAAGGCGAAUAAUCGUCUAGUGUGGGUGUUGCACAGUACCACGAUGCUGUGCACGGUGACAUAGUGAACGUUGAAUUGACCCUGACCGCUGACAACCAUGUCUGGUCGAUCGGAUUGCAGGAAAUUUGCACCAAAUAUCUUUAAUAAGAGCAAGUGCACUAAUUGCUUCCGACAAAAGGAGGAGCAUAGUGCUGAAGCUUUGGAAUCUAAUCGGGCCAGUAGAAAGAUAUCAAAAUGCGGAUAUCUGUUCGUGGCGCCGGGCUGGGACUUUUCCAAUCCGCUCUACAGAACAAAGAGAUGGCAGCGGAGGUGGUUUGUUUUAUAUGACGACGGAGAAUUAACCUACUCUCUAGACGAACACCCAGACACAGUCCCGCAAGCCAGCGUGGAUAUGACGACAGUGCUGGAGGUGAGCGAGGCAGAUAGCGUGACAGGUCAUGCCCACAGCUUGGCCAUCACGGCACCGGAACGUGUCACGUUCGUCAAAGGAACUUGUAGAGAGGAGGCGCGGUGGUGGUCUGACGUGCUGAGCGUAUACCCGAGAAGCAAGGGUCGGCAUAAACGUAACGCCACGUUUCCCGGAGGUCAAACAGCCAGCCUCCUGCAGUCAUCAACAACGAGAAAAUACUCCGCAGACGCGUCGACGCUCCGGGACGCUGCGGACUGCAGCGCGAGGCCGAGGUUCUGCGGUGGUACCACCACGUGGCCCGGGCCGAGAGUGCAGCCACCGCAGGCGGAGAUACCCAGCCUCGCCACACCCACCAACAUUGACACCAAAGUGUACAACGAUCAACCAGUGUCAUCCGCGUCGCCACCGACACGAGACAAGAUCAAUGGCGAGGAGAAGGCGCGCUCCCGCCGCAGGGAUACGUGGCCUGAACCGGCGACAACUCCCUCAACUGACGAAGCCAAUGUAGUACGAUCACCGUUACUUCAACAACAGCAUCAACAGUAUGAUGAACAGUUACGUGAUAUUGCUGCAUCACUAACUAGACCGCGCUCCCGUCGCGCGCUUCCACCUACACUCGAAAGACCUACGAGACUACCGCCGCCAGACCGACUACCGGCAAGAGGUUCACCGGAUGGCGGUCCACCGCCUGAUGAAGGAAUCACUAGUUCCGCAAGCGAAGGUAGCGAACCAACGGAUACCGUGGAGACAACAGAGACAACUGAAGGAGGCAGAGUAGAACUACCAGCUGAAAGGCUACUGCACGCAAGGGCUGGCUGGCUUCAACGAAGAGGAGCUGGUGGCUGGUCUAGGCAUUGGUUCGUCUUACGAGGAGCUGCUUUAUUAUACUUCCGAGAUCCCCACGCAGAACAUAGAGGCCUAAUGGAUGGGGUUAUAGAUCUUAGCGGUAUUUCGAGGGUCGUGGAAUUACCAUCGUCUGCUUCCACUAACGGCUACGCUUUCGAAACUGAGACUUGGGACGGAAAACACAUCGUUUUGUCAGCAGUUACAGCAGGAAUUAGAGCUAAUUGGGUCUCUGCCAUGCGAAGGACGGCUGGAUUACCAGACGCUGGGCCACUUUCUCUGAUAUUGCGGGAGGACGCAGUUGAUCAGGCAUCUGAAUCAUCAACAUCUCCGAUUACACCCAUAACUCCAAACACAGCAAAGUCGGGGCCAUUUUCCUCAGACGAAGAAUAUAGAACAGCAUCCGAAGGAGGACGCAGAGACAGUGCAGACUGGGGAGAUGUUGGUUCUCAGCCUCCACCGUCACCUAUACUCAAUCGUACUCCAAUAUCCAAAGUUAAAGAAAAGGUACGUACCAGAGGCUGCCAACAAACACAACCUAAAACUGACAAAGGCGAUAAGGAUGAAAUCGAUGCCACCAAAGAAAAAGACCUCCCUAUAGAUGAAGUUGACGAAAACGAAAAACCAAAUGAACCCAGAAAACGUAGCUACAUCUCAACUAUCGACAAACAAACGAUCGAAAUCGAAGAUUUGCGAAAGCAAUUAAAACUAGCAUUGAAUGACGUUAACGCUGCAGAAUCCGAACUAGCGAGACUACGUAAACUAAAAGCAGACGCCGCGUUAAGUGAAAAGAAAAUGGAAGAGUUGGUUAUAACAUUGCAAAAAAAAGAAGAUGAGUUAUCUGUCAGGACGAAGGAAGCCGAGAAUUUGGAUGCAAUAAAACAAAUGUACAAUCAAGAUAAAACGAUGUGGGAAAAUAAGCUAACGGAGACACAAAACUUUUUAAAAGAAUCAACUGAGCAUUGUGAGCUAUUAACAAGUCAACUGACGACAGCACAGGAGACAAUUAAACAAUUACAGAAAGAGUUAAACGAACUCAAUGAGAGGCUUCUAAAGAAUAUUAAAGAAAAUGAUAGUCUAUAUAUAAGAAUAAGAGAAUUGGAAGGUAAAAUUAUAGCGGAAUCACCGACUAAAGAAAAAAGAAAAAGCAUUGGAUCACUCGGUGAUCUCAGUAACAUCAACCAAGAUUUAAAUCUCGAGUCUUUAGAGAAAAAUAGACUGAUCGAAGAAUAUGUCGAAUUAAGAAACAGGUUUUUGAUGGCAAUCCAAGAAAUUAAAACGAUGAAAAGAGAACUUCGUGAAUCACAUAACAUGUAUGAUGAGCUGGAGGUAACAAAUAUGAAGUUAAGGAAUGAAAUGAAGCUAAGAGAGCAAUGCAGUAGAUCCGAAAUAGAUUUAUUGGCGGCUCGCAUUUUAGAUUUAACCCAAAAACUUACUGCUUCGGAUAAGCAAGUGCGAACUUUAAAGCAUAAAAUACAAAAAACUGAGUCCAGAGAAAAACGACGUAGCUUAUCUUUAAAAGGCAGAGAAUCGUUUACGUUGGGUAAAGAAGUAGAAGAGAAGUUAACAGAAUUGGAAAAUAAAAUCACAAUGUUAGAAACAGGAGAACCUGUACCUAUCAUUAACUCUCCUUCUAAAAGCGCGUCACCAGCCAAAGAAAAAGUAUCCAAAACGGAUAGCGUUACGGACGAAAAAAGAAUGAAAAGAUUAGCUGCAAGACUAAGAAGAAAGUCUUUAGACAGUGCUACGAGCUCAGAGCCCAUGAAAAUGCUAGUCCGACUAAGCUCUCUUGAAACCAAAGUUGCUUCUGCUUUAGAACAUCGCCGUGAUGUAACGAAUUCAUGCGAAUCCAUAAAUCAAUCUUUAAGUCCAAUAACGAGGUCGACCGAAAGUCCCUUGAGUAAUGAUAGUCCGGAGAGUUCAACAGUGGGUACACAAUCGCAGAGGCAUCUUUUAGACAGACUGCAGAGCCUUGAAAACGUCGUUAUACAUUCGAGAAAUAAAGUUAAUGAAUGCUUGUGCCAAAUGAGUGCGAUGCGAGCAGCUAAAUCAAGACGAUCGCCUUCUCCAAGCGUUGAAAAAAAAUAUAGCAUUAAAUCCAUGGAAAAAUGCUUGAUGGACGUCAGCAAAAGAUUACAGGAGUGUUUUGACAAGUGCAUUGUAGACUCUUCUGAGCGCCAACAGGCCGGGGAAGAAGUCAACGAUAACGUCGCACAGGUAGUCGUUCAGCUCGAGGAGCAACUGAGAACGAAACUACUAGAGAUAUCUAAAAAGAAAGCGGCGCUCUACGAGGCCGGAGAGCUGACACAGAGAAAGAGCUUAGAAAUUCUAGCGGAGAAGCUAGCCUACGAAGCGAUCCUAGUGGGCCGAAUACAAGAAGCUCUGGAAUCAUCAAACGGAAGUAGAUUCUUCGCUAGAUUAAUAAAGUCUGAAAUAAACGAAACUAGUCAAUUAAUCGAUAACCUUAAGUCUAAGAUAAACGGCGACGGCGGAAGAGUCUCGUCCGUCACCAAGAGCUCCCUCGACUACCUUGCGAGGAUACUCUCCCGCAAGAUCGACGUUUUGGCGAGCAGCCGCGAUUCCGAGUCAAGGAGAUCGGAGGUCAUCAUCGAAAGCGCGGACCUCGAGGCGCUGAAGGCCUCGCAGAAGGAGGUCGCCGAGGCCGUAGACAAAUACAAGUCGGAGAAACUGACCGAGCUGUGCUCCGCGCUCGCCAGCGAAACGCUCAGCUACGCCACGCCCGCCGACGCCGACUUCGAGCAGCAGCGCUCCAACGCGGAGGCGGCGCGCGUGCGCGAGGCGUGGGCGGCGGCGCGCGACGCGCUGGGCGCCGAGCUGGUGCAGGCCGAGGUGGCGCGCGCGCUGGCCCGCGCCGCGCAGCUGUGCGAGGGCCGCCUGGACGCCGCGCGCCGCGCCCGCCUCACGCUGUCCGCGCAGCAGCGCGCCGACCUGGAGCUGUGGUGGCAGGCCGCGCACGACCACCUGCGCUGCGAGAUGGACGCCGCCGUGCGGGACAUCGCCGCGCGCUACCGCGAGUGCCUCGCCGCCGACCGCCGCAAGGAGGGCUCCCCGGGACUCGACAGCCGCGCGCUACUGCAGCAGCUGGCCGACGUCCUCGCGCAGAAGGCGCUGGUCGACGCGCGCGUCGCCGUCGUCGAGGGCACCUACCGCGCCUCGGAGCCGAGCGACGCGCUCCGUCGAGCCGACGACGCCAUCUCCUCGCUGGAGACGGACCCCGCGCUCGAGGCGGAGUUCGUCUACCUAUUCCAGCACUUCUCGACCGAGUGCCGAGCGCUCUUCUCCAGUGACUGUUCGGGCAACAGUGAAGACUCGAUGAAGAUCGGCGAGAGCCUCGAGCGGGUGGAGGCGGCCGUCGCCGCGGCGCAGAGGCGGCUCGCGGGCGACGAGGCCGCGGACGACGACGACACGGGCGGGACGGAGGGCGUCGACGUGGGGCGCCGCAUGGAGGAGCUCCGGCGGCGCGUGGAGGCGCUGCAGUGCCCGCAGUGCGCGCGCCUGCAGGACGCGCUGGAGCGGCUGACGGCGGAGCGCGCGCGCGGCGAGUGCGCGCUGGCGCAGCAGGCGGCGGCGCUGGCGGCGGCGCGGCGCGCGCGCUCGCAGCUGCAGGCGCAGCACGAGCGGGAGCGCGCCGCGCUGAGGGAGCGCGCGCGCACGCUGCAGCGCCGCCUCGCCGCGCUCGACUCCGAGUACUCGGUGCAGCUGGACAGCCUCCGCGCCGCCUACCAGGUAAGUGCGGUAGCGGCGGACACUCACGGCGACAGUCUGCGCGCGCGGUACCAGCAGGAGAUCGAGCAGCUUCGUGCGCUGUGCGAGAAGGGCCUGCUGGCCAUGGAGAGCUCGCAUCGUCGGAUCGUGCGUGAGAUGGAGGACAAGCACCGUGCCGAGAGGGAACAGCUGAGGCUCGAGAAGGAGCAGGCGCUGGCGGAGGAGACGCGCGCGACGCUGGCGGCGCUGGACGCGAUGCGCAAGGCGCACGAGAGCGAGGUGCGGCGCGAGGUGGACAAGUUCAAGGCCGAGUUCCUGUCGCGCGGCGCGCCCGACCUGGGCCAGCUCAGCUCCCGCCACCAGUCCUCUGAUUACAGACAAGAAAUGGAGGAGAUCAGACGAGAAAUCCUAUCGUUGUCGGAGAAGUACUCGGUGAAGUGCGUGGAGUCGGCCGCGCUGGAGGAGCGGCUGUCGGCGGCCAGCGCUCAGCUCUCGCACGCGCACAACCACAUCAUGCAGCUCGACGCCAGAAACAAACAGCUCCGAGCGCAUAUAAUAUCUGAAGCCAAUGAAAUGAAGAACGCGGAAGCUUCCACACUCGCGCUACUCAUCGAGGAUACUGCACCGCAUGGGUCGGAGGCGCCGCUGUGGGCACAUCUGCGCCGCCUGGCAGCUGCCUGGCAGGGCAACUCCGCCGCAGGGGAAGUCGUCAAGGUCGAGCUCGCUGGAGACGAGAGCCCGCGGGUCCGGUCUGAACUACUCGAAGACAGACUCGUCGAGAAACCUGCAGCUACCCCCUGUACAGAACUAAAGCCGCUGGCGGGCGUCGUCGCUGAGCGCAAGAAGCGCUUCGAAGCCUAACGAGGCCUCGACGACGCACGACGCCUCGACGAGCGAUCGUCCGUCGGUUCGGUUCCCGGUCACAAGACGCUCCCACCACGCUAGCACCUGGCCACUUAGCUUGACGAUAACCUUACCUUAUAUGUGAACGUACUUAUAGAAAUGUAAUUGUACGUAGAUUGUAUACGAUCUAUUGAUCGAAAUUAAACUUUACGGUGACGUAUUAACGAUUAUAUUUGAAUGAUAUGUAUAUCGAGGGUGUGAAACUGUAGUUCCUUGUUGACUUUACGAGAUACAAGAAAAACUAUAAUUUCAAGCCCGCUUUAAGCAUGUUUGAUUUAACGAUGUAUUGUUACAUUAAUAUAUUGAAAAUGUAUUCUCUAAAUAUUUAUAGUUAGGUUAUUAACUAAUAAGACCAAAAAUGUCCUCCCUCUACGAGAAGUGGCCAGAACUUUUAACUCCCACCCACCACAAAACUUGUAUAUAACUUUGUUUGUUUUUUUUUUAAUUAAUUUUAAUUAACUAUAGUGUAUAUUGUUUUCAAUAUUUUUCAUUCUUCACUAUUAUUUUAGAAUUAUGCUCUUUUGAAUAGUAAUAUAUAUGUUUUUUUCAUUUGCUUGACAUCUGAAGUAUAUCGUAGGUUUUUUAACUUUGGCCCAUUGUUUUUUCAAAAAAGCAUAAUUAUAAAAUUUAUUUCAUCCCACGGACUUUCCUUCUUAGCUGUAGAUCGGGUUAGUGAUGUAUCGAUUGUGUAAAAUUUUAACAAUGUGUAAAUACUCAAGUCCGCUCAUCUUUUGUAACCAGUCGUUUCGUGCACAGUUUGCUGUCCAUUUAUCUUAUAAGGAGUUUGUUACCAAAUAUUUCUUAUUUAUGAGUUUUUUUUUUGACGUACGCGUUUCGCGGUAUAUUCGGAGACACAGCUGUAUACUCUCGGGGUGGAUUUUAUGUUUUUCGAGAAAGUAACGCGCCAGAAUUAUAAUAAACCAUAUUAAAAUGCUCAACUUCUAAGUACAAAAUGAGAUAACUUUACUCAUUUCGUACUUUAUCUUCUUCUUCGAGUGCCACUCCGACUAGCGAAGGUUGGUAGUCAGCUUUAAAUACAUCUUCUUGUUCUUCGCGAGGCGAAAGAGUUCGGCAGCACUCGCGAUUCCCGUCCAUUCACGAAUGUUGUACUUUAUAGUAAUAUAAUUUUCAUAAAAAUGAAUUAUUUGAUUAAACUACCAUUGCUUAUUGUAAUUUGACAGAUAACCUUUUUUAGACACUUUGUUUGGGUAUUGAAAUAAAAAAGUUAUAAUUCUGGUCAUGGGAAGGAGAUUUGACAAGGGGACAGUUUAUCGCUGUGUCUCAUUAGUGUGUAGAAAACCUUGUUUAUGAUUUUUGUAGAUUUAUAAAUAGUUAUUAUACUUACAUAUGUAUUCGGAAAUGGGAGAUAUAUUCGAGUUGGAAAAAUUCUAAAGGCAUGUUUUCAAUUAACUGUUACAAAAUUAAAAAAAUCAGAUUUUUUUAUGUUUAAAAUAAACGAUUUUAAAAAUAUACUGUAACAGGCGUGUAUUUUUAGGCAUAUUAUAUUGUUUUUUUUUUUUUAAAUAUUAACACUUUAUUUUAGAAGUUUAAAGUUUGACAUUGUCACCUUGUGUUUCGUUUUAGUGUUGUAUCGCACAUGGCAACGUAUCGGUAUUUUAUAACGAUAGAUUAUAAAAAUCACCGUUACUGUUUAGUAUCGGCUGCGUCGCGUGCGAUAGCUCACAUGUCACCGCGUGUGUUUGUUACCAUGUUUUCCGAACUGGGCAUUCGAACGGUCUUCCACUCAUCGAUUUCACUUUGUUAUGUAUAGUUCACCCCGCGUCGGAGCGUCAAGCGAAAAUAUGCCUUAUCACAUUGACAUAUGAUAGCUGCGGUGUAUUUUGCUCAAUAUUGUCUAGUAUUAUGGGAUAUACCAAAAUUAGAUGCAUAUGCGCUUGAAAUGGCAAGUCUUAACGCGACUGACUGCGACUAUCGGUGUAAUAGCGGAUUCCUUUAUAAAACAUCCAUAUUAUAUGGCUUACAGAUUAAAUGUCAGCUAGCGCCAUCUAUUGACAAAAAGUUAUAUUGUUCUUGAACCGCUGUUACACCAGUAGCCACUAAGUAUCUAUAUUAUCUCCCUUUAUUGUCUUAGUUGACGUUGUAAAGUGUUGGUUUAUAUAACAAAGAUUUUUAAAAUAAACUACUUAAUACAAUA